ACUCCCGAAAUAAUCACACAGAAACUUUAUUAUUUAAAUCACUGAUUCGCCAAUCAUAAGUAUUGCUAGCUUACUCUUAUAUCUUAAAUUAACCCGUUUCUAUUAUAUUUUACCACAGGCUCAUGGCCUACCAGCAUGAUUCAGGCUGGCAGCUCAUGUCUUUCUCCUCUGGAGGCUCCAUGGCUUCUCCUGACUCCGCCUUCUUUUCCCCAGUCAUUCAGUUUAGUCCAGUCACUCCCUACACACAGCUCUACUCUGCCCUAUCACAGGCCAAGGCAGCUUCUUUAUUCAUUAACCAAUAAAAGCAACACAUAAACAGAAGGGACUCUCACAUCACUUUCCAAACGUGCAGCUUUAUUAAGUCUGUAGUGAUUCCGUGCUGUCCUGCCCCAGAAACACUUUAAGCAUAAUUAUACAUUGUAUUGCCUUCUAUUUGAAUAGCAGUGUCCUAAAUGUAAUUUUUGUGUCAUGCAUUUAUUUUCCUCAUAGAGAUUCUUUACUGUUGAAAUCCACAGCUCUGCUUCAUUCUUUCUUCAUGCUUUUUAAUAACCAUCAGCUUUAAUAUGACUCUACUUAGUGAACUUUGCUUGAUUCUUAUUUUUUUUAAUCUUAAUGAUGAGGCAUAUAUCGCCAUGGUUUUUUCUUUUGUGUGUGUGUGUGUGUGUGUGUGUGUGUGUGUGUGUGUGUAUGUGAAAGUAUAUCCACAGAAUAAAUUCCUAGCAGCUGAAAUAGAUCUUCGGUAAGAAUUGGUCCCCCCUUUUGUUUUACCUCUGGAAACUUAACUAUAAAUUUGUUUGGCACAGUGUUAGUGUUAUCCGUUGGUGGUAUCCCUGUGACAUCACAGGUCUUGUGCCAGUUAGCUGUCAUGACAUAUCUGUGCUCUGGGCAUCCAGAGAGCUGGGCACCCAUCUCUAUACGUCUUUGGGGAGAAAGAGAGGAGAGGAGAGAGAGAGAGAGAGAGAGAGAGAGAGAGAGAGAGAGAGAGAGAGAGAGAACACUAGGAGUUGGGUAUAGACGUAAGGCUUCAUUCUUCACCACUGAGUUUUUUUCUUUCAGAGAUAUGAACUACUAAAGCUACUGAAGUGAACAUCUUCAGCGGUAUCUUUUUAGGGAUAUCUUCUUGCGCCGUUUCCAAUUGCAUAGAUCUCAAUGUAAAGUAUUAAUAAUAAAUUAUAAGAUAAUGUCUUUAAAAUUCUGUCUUAUUGAGGCAGGGUCUCAUGUAGUCCAGGAUGGCCUCAAACUCAUUAUCUAUUCCAGGCUAAUAAUGAAUUUCUGAUUCUCUUAACCAUGCUAAGAGUAAAACAUCGAUUAAAGACAGAUUUAUGUAGUUCUGGUGACCACUAGACUGGGCAAACACUACUAACCGAACCACAUGGCCCAGCCCUAAUUUUUAAGAAUAUUAUGUAUUUACUUAUUUAACCUUUUGAGACAUUGGCCUUCAGUGAAAUUUUGAAUCUGCUAAAAACUGCCAUAUUCUCCUCCUGUCCACUAUUGUUGUUUUAAAAAUCACAUAAAAUGGAUAAAAAAAAAAAACCUGUCAUUUCAUUGCUGCUUGAGAAAUCAUACUCUCUGCUCCUGCCACCUGACGGAUCUCCUCUGGGAGAUGCUCCAAGUCAAUGCCUGCCUUAAAUUACUCGGAAAGGCUGAACUGUUCAGUGAAGAGGGAAGUCAGUAUUGUUUCUUGACAUGAGAUUCCUAACUUAUCUCUUUAGAAAUGACCUAUUUCUAGUUAGUACAUUGAUUUCUUAUCGUCAGUGAGCGUGUUUUCUGAGGCAAAAGGAGACAAGACAUUUAAUGAGGGAGUCCCCUAGGGAAUGGGCAACUAUGCUAAAUAGACAUUGUCACAGGAAUCUGAGUGUCUGGGGUCUCAACAGCCACUAAAAACGAUUACACAAUAGAGCUAUGAUCUCAUUCCACUUUGGGGAUGGAAACUGGUAAACAUUUGAACACAGUAACUGGGGGGUCAACAAGCGUCCAGGAAAAGACUGCAGAAGUUCCUAGCUUCAGCAGACAGGUUCCCAAGGCCCUUAAGGCAGUUACUGGCCAGGCCACCGCUAGGACGCUGAGAACAACUCCGGUUCCCAGCAGAGCAUUAGCGCGCAUGCGCCUAAACCUGCUAGUGUUCCAGGGGAGAAGGUUGAGCGUUGAGUGUCCAUGGCAACCCGACGCUUCAGCCUUCUGGAAGUUUACAAUCUAUAGCUUGUGAGAUACCCGUCCUGGUGGGAGGGACCUGGGCUUGGGGGACUGAUGGGGGAACAAAAGGGUGGGGGUGGGGGCUAGGGAAGCUGGGAAACAUUUGCCUUGACGUAAACUAAGAAAUAAUUGGUUCAAGGCUCAGCACAAAAGGAUCUUGUCUUUCCGGUGCUUUCGCCCACACAGGGAAGGAUGCCUCUGGAGGUGGUGGUGGAACUCCAAAUCCGGGCGAUUUCUUGCCCGGGGGUGUUCCUGCCGUACAAGGAAGGUGUGUACCUUGGAGUCUACCUCCUGAAUCAGUACCUGGAGACAAACUGCUUUCCUUCUGUGUUCCCUAUUGCGAUCCAACAGAACAUGAUAUUUGAAAAGGUAUUUGAAAAUGCAAUAGAUCCUGGAGCUGUUGCAGAAAUUUUAGAAAGCUUCCUAACCAGGUUUGAAUUGAUACAGCUAGUGUCUCCAGCAUGGGAAGAGCUGGCCUACUAUGAAGAAAACACACGAGAUUUUCUGUUCCCCGAGCCCAGGCUGACAUCGUCACACCUUGGCAUGUAUAGGGAGGUGCUCAUGAAGACUCCAAUAGGUUUUCCAGGCAUUGCUCCCAAACUAGAAUUUUCUACAAGGACAGCCAUCCGAGAAUGUGUGUUCCCACACAGAAACAGAUUUUUUGGGGAGAACUGUAAAUCCCAAAUGCCUUUACCGAAAUCACACGGGCAAAGAACUCCCACAAAUAACAGAAAGACGAAGCAGAAGGAGAAAAGCCCUGACCGACUUCCCAAAGGCACACAGGCCCGGGUCCCCUCCCCGUCUUCCCCUAGACGUCUCGUCCAGCACCAGCCGACUCAGCAGAACCUUGGAAAGAGCUUCAGGCUCCCUGAAGCAAGAAAGCCUCCAUUUGUGGUUAGACAUGUGGACAGUGUAAACCCCUUUGGUGAAAGCAGUUUGGAACAUCACUUACCGAAGUCCAGAAGAAAAUCGAAGUUUUUAGACGUUGCUCUUCCAAUGAGAAGAGCAUCUUCUCUUGAAAGCCUCGAAACAAACAUAAAGGUCACCAGAGAGCCUGACGAGCGCAUUGUCUUAAGGAGUCAGACGUCGCCACCUUUAGAUCCGAGGAAGUCCGGACAACCCUCGCCCAAUCACGUAAGGGAUGUAGAGCUCCUGCUGGACACUCCACUCCCUACCUCCCAGCAUUCCAGAUCUCCCAGCCCUCUGGAUGAGCCUCUCCUCGGAGAAAGGUUCCAUCCUCGCUCCCAGUCCACGUGGAGGAAGAUCCAUGAGAGGGUGUGCAGCCUCCUGACAUCCCACAGAGCUCACUCGAAGGAAGAUUUUAUCCCUGAAACAAAUUAUAUCUGCGAAAGACCAAGCUACCCCCUGAAGAAACUCCCACUGCAUGGACAGAGAUAUUUUUAACUCCUGUCUCCUGGGAACAUGAAUGAAAACCAAAGAAAGAUGAAGGGCCCAGUCGUCGAGACACUGACACAUUCCUGGAGAAAUGAACAUUUUUUUUUUUGUUGGCUGGGUUGAGUUACUGGUGCCUGGCCCCCAUUAAAUCAAAGUUUAUACUCAGUCUUUUGUGCCCAAGGUAAGAUUUGUUGAUUAAAUUCUGUUUGGGGCUCCCAUUCACGCUCAUCGCCUGGAGAAUUUGUGUUUAUUUUAAGCAUGAAAAAUAGGAAACAUAAUAGAAGUCUGUCAGAUGAAAGUGAGAUAUUUGUAUGCUGUGUGAAGAUAUAUUACUGUGAUUGGUUUGAUAAGGAGUUGAACAGCCAAUAGCUAGGCAAGAGGUAUAGUUGGGACUUCGGGGCAGAGAGAGGAAGUAGGAGGAGAUAAUCAAGGUACAGACAGACGCCAAUGAGACAUGGAGGGAGUCGUGUAUAUAGAAUGAAAGAAAGGUAAAAAGCCACAUGGUAAAACGUAGAUUAGUAGAAAUGGGCUAAUGUAAGUUAUAAGAGCUAGUUAGGAACAAGCCUAAGCUAAGGCCAAGCUUUCAUAAUUAAUAGUAAGUCUCUGUGUCAUUAUGUGGGAACUGACUGGUGAGACAGAGAAAGACUCAGUACAAUUUUUUUUUCAAAACAAGGUUUCUCUGUAGCUUUGGAGCCUGUCCUGGAACUAGCUCUUGUAGACCAGGCUGGCCUCGAACUCACAGAGAUCCGCCUGCUUCUGCCUCCUGAGUUCUGGGAUUAAAGGCAUGUGCCACCACUGCCUGCCUACAAAAGAAUUUUAAAAAUUCUAACAAAAUUGUCUUACAUGAAACAGGGAGUUGGUUAUUUAAGGAAACAACCUGAUAAAACAACUGGGAAAAGACCAACAACCUCAUUGUUUCUUUUUGAUAAAUCUGAUUUUUGUGUUUCAUUUGUGUGCUCAUUUUUAUAUGAAGCCCCCCCCCCGUUUUUGUUUUUCUCAACAAAUUAUGACCCUUUCACAUUUUAUGAUCUGCUAAUUUUAAAAAAUUAUUUUAAUUUUUUAUUUUUCAAGAACUAUGAAGCUUUGAGGAGUCCUACAGAGGCAAGGUUUGAAGUUCAGGUAUCUUACUUUUGGAGUCUAUGAUAGCACAGAUAAUUUUGUGAUGGUUGGGGUUUUGGUUUGCUAUGGGGAGAACUGUGUCAUUGUGGUGGUCUGAAUGCUCCCCAUAGGGUCAUAUAUUUGAAUGCAUAGUCACUAGGGAAUAACACUAUUUGAAAGGAUUAGGAGUGUUAAGAGGUGUGGCCAACCCCAGAGACUCAGCCUGUGAAUCAGGUUGUAGCUCUCAGCUACUGCCCUAGCUCAUUGUGUGUUGAUGC